GCUGUUAUCGGCUCUUCAUUCCCUGCUCAGAUCAAUUGCCAUCGACUCCAGCCUCCCAUCCAUAUUUGUUAAGAGCUUCUAUGUUCAAUUUCGACAGGGAACACGAGUUUGAGUGUCUCAGCGCUGGGUCAAAUGACGGCGAUCUCUAGAGAUCAGAGUCAGCGCUUUUGGUCACCUGCCGAGACGGCAUACAAGUCACUUGAUCAAUGUCACGUUCAGACACAGAUCCAACAUGGUCUAGUGCAAGUAGUGGAUAAUGUACUAUGUGUUGGAAGAUGACUAUUGAACAAGAACAAAGAUUUGUCUUAUUGUCAUCCAACAACACCUCCUUAUGAGUACGUCUUCAUCAAACUUAGUCAACCCGACCGUAACGUUUAUUGCUGUUGAUGAAAUUUUGUACCUUUAUUCGUCAAUCCCGUCACAUUUAGUACAAGACAUACUUAUGGCCGUUACUUGUUUUAGUGCUAUUGAGUGCUGGUCCUCAAAAGGACAGAAAAGGAGCGUAGAUACACCUCGAUCUAAAGUACAAUACAUGAAAUUGAUCUCAAAAUUGAGCCUUGCUUCGCAAGAUGUCCAAAGAUGGACUGGAAACAUCCGAAUCCCUGAAAACUCUCAGAGUUCAGAAAUGAGAGCCAGUGCUGUGGCUCAUGGCUGGGAACUAUGGACUGGACUAGCCAGGAAAUGCCAAAACUCCCAAACACCUCAUACCCGCACCCGCUGUUAA